AUGCACUAUAAGCUAUCAAUCGGGGAUACUACACCAUUCCCAGACGGAAAUUCUUUCAGAUGGAUACAUUCAGAAUACCAUGAAUUGUGGCUGAAAUAUUCUUAUUCUUUAUUCUUGAUAGAUGAAGAUGAUUUGUCUAUGGUCGAAAACAUGGAUCAAGUAAGUGGAAAGUUAGAUCCAAGAAAUGAAUUGGUGCAGGGCAAUAUUUUAAAUCUUUUCAAGUUCCGUUCGAGAAAGGUGAAAGAUAGCUUCAUUCCAAACGUGAAGCUAGGUUCUUUGAAUUAUUCCAAAAGAAAAUCUCUCGGGUCUUACCAGAGAACUGCAAAAUUCUUUUUACGAAGUCUCGAGGAAGCUCGAAAUCUUGAAAGUACACUUUCGGUAAAUGAUGGUGACUUGAUGUUAUUAUGUAUCUCAAGUAUAUUAAAGAGACAUGAAGAUAAGAGGAAAAAGCGGAGGUACAGAAUGCCAACAAUAGCCGGUGCGGGUAGCGGUAGCUGA